CGACACCCUCAUCUGCGAGCUCUGAUGUAGAAGCACGCCGUGUUCGUGCUGAGCCUCGUAGCAGGCUAUGGACUUGAGCAAUCUUUCUUCGAAUUGGAGAAAGUUACAGACUACACUCAAGAAAUCCCGACCCGUCCAGUCAUCGCCAAAAUCCGGGGACCAAAAUGGCUUGAAGCGGAAGCGCGAGCAACUGAAGAUCAACCCCGUGAAGUCUUCCUCACUACCAAGAAAGAAGCCACGGACGGACAAGGUUAUGGCGCCAAAUGGCACAGUCCCGAAAGAGACAGCUUCAAUUGGAGAUUUAGAAACUUCAGACAAUGGAGUGCGCCCUAGGCCAGCAGAUCAUGCAGCUUCGGACAGGAUAAAUGCGGGACUAUGCACGACCGUGGAGAUUGGAAGAUACGUUGCCAUUGACUGCGAAAUGGUAGGAGUUGGACCUUACCCGGACCGCGAAUCUGCCCUUGCCCGAGUCAGUAUUGUCAACUACAACGGAGACCAAAUCUACGACUCCUAUGUACUACCACAAGAGACGGUCACAGAUUGGAGAACAUUCGUCAGCGGCGUGGAGCCGAAACACAUGAAAUAUGCCAGAUCGUUCCAAGAGGUGCAAGCAGACGUUGCAAAUAUCCUAAAGGGCAGAAUACUUAUUGGUCACCAUAUCAGUCACGAUCUCCGCGCUCUGAAAUUUAGCCAUCCUCAACGCGACAUUCGUGACACGGCUCGCCACUCAGCUUACAAAAAGAUGCAAGGAGGUACCGGCUACCCACGAUUGAAAGUAUUGGCAUCAGAAUUGCUAGGCUUUGAAAUACAAGAAGGUGAACAUUCUAGCAUAGAAGAUGCACGGGCUUGUAUGAUGCUCUUCCGAAGGGACAAAGCCGCCUUUGAGCGGGAACAUGCUAAGAGAUGGCCUGCAAAACCAGCUCCUGAGCCUCGCGAAAACACCGAGGGGCAAGAGAAAGUCCGGAAUCCGAAGAAGAAAAAGAAAAAGAAAUCCAAGAAAUGAGCAGCUUGUAGGCCCGAAAUGUGAAGGGAUCAGACUGAGCUGGGAGCUUCUGUGCAAGGUUGACACAACUACAGGGGUAUGUCCUCCAUCAUCUCCACGGCACCCUCUCUUGCGACAGUGAUGAUCACAUCACCUAGGGUUUUUGUCUUGAAACCAGCUUCACAAUAAGUGAAAUAAUACUGGCAUGAGGUCAAUCCAGGGCGACACCAAUUUCAAGAAGUCUGGACUUACCUCCCACUUCCUCCGGAAUAGCUCGACAUCGCUUUCGGUCAUGCCCUCGUGCUCCGCCAACAAUGCCGGUUUGAUACGGUCUUUGAAGUUCUGUUCAAAGUUUUGCUUCCAUAUGCGCAGUGUCUUCGCGUAAUGGGGACCGAUGUUCUCGACCGAGUCGACCACCAACAAACCCUUGCUGCCUUGGUUGAUCGAUCCGACCAAUUGCGAAACGGUGGGCAGAUGGCCGCCCGGGAAGAUGUAUUUCCGGAUGAAAUCCUCACCUUUGGCAUAUGCUUCGUAUCUCGACUCGGGCAUGGUGAUACAUUGGAACACAGCAAUUCCUCCGUACUGCUUGAGAAGCUUAUGGAUGCAGUCGAAAUAUGUCGUCAGGUAUUCCCGUCCAACGGCUUCGAGCAUUUCGAUGCUCACAACUUUAUCAUACGGGCCCUCCCUAGGCAUCGGCAGAGCUCGAUAGUCACAGAGAAGGACCUCGAUAUUGUCAGUCAGUCCUGCGUCUGCUAUUCUUCGAUCUGCGAGGUCUUUCUGCUCCCGGCUCAACGUCAAAGAUGUGACACGACAGGCUGUCCUCUGAACUGCUCUGAUGGCGAAACUUCCCCAACCCGUUCCAAUUUCCAGGACGUGGUCCGUUUGUUUUAUUCUCGCAUUGUCGAUGAAUCGGUCAAGUUUUCGCAUUUGUGCAUCCUCCAAAGUUUCGUCCCUUUUUGGGUCGUCCAACCUUGAGAGAGGCUUCCAGAUGGGACAUGAAUAGGUCAUGUCCUUCGACAAAAAUGCCGCAAACAUCUCAUUACUGAUAUCGUAAUGUGAGCUAAUAUUCAACUGAGCAUUUUGCAUAGUAUUUGUGCUUCGCAACAACCCGCUGAUUGUGGAUGCAAAGUAGGAAGUCCUCGUGGUUGCGUUUGACAGCUCGUUCCGGUUCAAGAUGAAUAACUGCACACUGGUCAGCGCUGUCGGCUCUCUGCUCAGUUGCGGCUGGCUUACUUGGAAGAAGGCCGUCAAGUCUGGACACUGUAUCUCACCAAGCAUGAACGACUCGGCGAAGCCCUAAGAAAUUGUCAACCGGCUAUGCUACCUGGAGCAGCAAACAAUCUACGAACCAUAUCGGCAAACAACGCUAAGCGCAACCAAAAUGCAUCGCGCAUUACGCGCAUUUGAACCCGAGGGGAAACAUCCUCUCCAACUUGACCACAGACCGUCUCUGUGCCGUCUCUUUCGACGAUGGUAAGACGCCCAACCUUGAUCUCAGAGAACAACACCAGGAUCAACCUUCGAGAAGUCGUGACCAGAGGAUCCCAUGCCAGUGUCCCUGCAUAGGUUCUCACUAGCUCCAACGCAAAUGACACCAAAGACGGCAUGGUUUUCCGCAAACACCAUCAAAUCAUUGAGUACGACGUGCGCUCUUUGGAAGCUACAGUCAACGCAGGACAAUAAUUGAGAGGUACCAAAGCAGUGUCAGGCGCAAAGGAACAUUCUACAAUGGGACAAGAAAAUUAAAUUCACGACGUGGACGCUGGGGUGAUAUUCUUCCCAGGCACGUUUUGAACGACGCAUCGACGCCAGCUUGGAAGUCAAUGCUUUAGUUGCAGGUGCAGCACAAUUUCUCGGUCAUAAAUAGUCUAGACUCGAGGCAGCCAUUGUUCGAUACUCGCCUAGAGGCGGGGCACAUAAAGCAAAAGGCAGACGAGGAUGCUUUGGAACAAGUCUUCUGCUCCACCGGAACAAUGGUCGUCAGGGAAGAGUGGUGCCGAUGCACAUCUCCAUAUUCGCUACGCUUUUCGUAUCACCAGUCCUCCAGCGCCGGAACAGAUCAACAGAUCGACACGACGAGCAACAUUCGUGAGAUAUGAGCUUUAGGGACAUACGGAAGGAGUGUUGGAAUGUAAACAUGGUCCAGGGUCGGGCCACCGAGGCUGUCGACAACGAGCAAAGAAGUAUUUAAGUGUAUGACGUCUACACAUAUUGUUUUCGACAUGGUGUAUGCACUUGUGGUGUCGGUACCUGACGAUCGCGAGCGAGACUGUGUCCAGUAGGACCAGGAACCAAUUGCACAGCUGCCACGGUAGCCAGCCUUUUCGGGUCCAACAUGUGCCGGUGGGAGUUCAGGAAUACAGUUGCAUCCGGCUUACUCGUAAGGUGCAGUGGAGUGUUUUUGUGUGCAUCGACCGCUUAACAUUAGCCCUUGCAGCCGCAGUUCCAAG